UAUCUACUGAUAAUCUAAAUGUCACUAAUCUUUGUGGUCCCUUUUCAUCGUUCCGCUCAAGCAGCUCCCAUUACCAAUAACAAACAAUCUCCUCUUUACCUAACCUUACCCCCACCUUGUGCUGCCCCGCCAUAUCCAACAGCCAUGCAGGACAUUGGACAUUUGCUUAACUGACCUCACGAUUACUCAUCAAUAUAAAAUACACAGGUAAAGGCGCAUUAUAGCAACCAGGGAAUUCUUCGAGUCGGGACAAUUGAUUGUGUACCGAAGUCAGAAGAGAUGGUUUCUACCAGCACCGUUGUUCAUCUGCCAAAUGGCUAUCACAUUACAGUUAAUCCUGUUUUUGGAGGCUUCUUUUUCAAGGCGAACGAGUUGAAUACACACACCAGCAUUUUCCCUGCUGGCUGGACUGUUAUCAUUCAGACCGAAGAUUAUUCGGAUGAACACCCUUAUGACAGUGCUUCCGUAGCUACAGAACUCCAAAGCGCGUCAACUGAGCGACAUCGACACAACAUACAGCCAUUCAGACUCCCAACUUUACGCAAUGACAGUCUCUUUAUUUCUUCCAUCUCGAACCCUUCGAGCAACGAUUUCAAAGCCCCCAUCAGCCCUACCAGGCAGAUCGCAAUGAUGCUUUGGGCAACAUUAUACUGGUAUUUUCAUCAACCAGAACCAUCACCACAUAUUACCACGGCCGCUUCGAAAAAUACACCCGAUGCGGGGAAGCCCAAGGCAGAUUGGCGCAUACAUGUUAGAAGGGAAGGUGUGCUACGGGGUCGGAACCUGAUACAGAAGCUCGAUAGAAUGGGUUUGAUUACAUCCGAAGAUUCAACAGUUGGUUUGGCCAUAGAUGAGAAUACACCUGAGGGUUGGUCAGACAUGUUUACUUCAAGAAGAGCAUUCUGGCAACUGUCGGCAAGGUUGUUUCUAUACACUUUCAGUCCAAAUAUAUCUCUAGCUUCUCCACAGGGCAGUCGGCCGUGUUCGCCCGUUUCUGGUUCGACCAGCAAUCAGUCUACCGGUAACAAGAGGGAUUCUAUCGAGUCAUUUUCAGGACUAUGGUCACCAGUGUCUAUUGGCCCUUUCUCAUCAGGAAGUCACCUACCGACAUAUUAUCCACCACCUCCAUUACAAUAUACAAAUACUUCAGGUACGCGUCACCCCCUGCGCCCCAAGCCACCCCACCAAGGAGAAACAUUUUAUACACGUUACAUCCCUAGUUUGGGGCAAUACCUGUCUUUCAGAGUUGCGUCAUUGUCUACCAAGCCUGUAGUAUAUAAUCGUCCAACGUCAAGCUUAGCACCUUUUCGACACAAUGCCACAAACUCGUCACUCUCCUCUAUUGGAGCCUGUUUGUCUGCAGAUUUGCAAACUGCACAUUCUAGUACUGCUACACAACAAGUAAUCGAUACGGCUGAGAUGACAGACCUCCAGCUUUUAAAUCGUUGGAUGAAUGUUCCUCGCGUCGAUAAGUUUUGGGGCUGCUCUGGUCCAAUUGCUACACAGGAAAAAUUUCUCAAAGACAAUCUGACUUCAAAUCAUUCAUUUCCCGUGAUUGGUCUCUGGGAUGGAAAGCCCUUUGGAUACUUUGAGCUAUAUUGGGCGAAAGAAGACAUCCUUGGGAAGCAUGUAGGCGAUAAUGUUGGAGACUUCGACCGUGGUGUCCAUGUUUUGGUUGGCGAGGAUGAGUAUCGAGGAAAGCAUAGGGUUCAAUGCUGGAUCACUGCUUUGGCACACUGGGCUUUGGUACAGGAUUACAGGACUAAUUCUUUUGUGCUUGAGCCUAGAGUAGAUAAUGAGAGGUAUUUAACGUUUCUUUUCAAUCAAUUUGCAUUUGUCACAACCCUUCCCUCUAAUUUAUCCACAGGUUUAUCUCACAUCUAAAGGAAGCUGGGUUCGUAAAAGAACGCGAAAUCACUUUCCCCCACAAGCAAGCUGCAUUCAUGAAGCUGAGAAGGGAAUGCUUCGAAGCUCCUGCCUUGUGACCAUCUUCAGCCUUUAUUCUUCUUGGGUGCUGUGAGAAGAAUAGAAUUUUUUCAGCCACAAACAAAGGCCUACAGUGUUGAUAUGAUGAUAUGAUUGCUUCACGGCACAUGUACCUCCCAUGCAGCCUGCGACCAGUAAGUCACUCUUCGUAUACAAUGCACCACAACACUUUCAAGUGAUUAAUGGUGCCGCACAAAUCAGACAUGGUCUUCUUUCACCACACCUUCUAAAAUCACUUCUUCUCAAUACUUUAUGGGCUUCAUACUGCCUUGGGUCGCCAAGGUUCGACGACGGGCGUUUUUCGAAGGAACAAAUCAUUCAAGAUACAUAACUGCAUAUCUGUCAGACGCGACAUGUGGGGUUGUCAACGCGAUAAGACGUCUUGGUUUUAUUCCACUCCAAGCCAUGAUACGAUAUCGCGGGGCAUCAUGCACCAAAACCGCCACAGUCUCAUCAAUUUUAAUCAUCGGAUAUAAAAGCAAUUUAAAUCUGUCAUGUCUCCUGAUAUUCGGAACAAAAAUCCAUUCUUAAGGAGAAGUGGGGUGUGCCAUUAUUGGUUCGAACCCCAUUCAAACUCGAAAAUGGUUUUGCCAUUGACUAGUUUACUGCAUGGGAUUUGAGACAAGAUAACCGUGUAUACCCAUCUUAGAGAACAUCGAGAUUUGGAAAAUCCCAUGCGAUCUGACGUCAACUAUUGUGUCCUUUUUAUGCUGUAUAGUAGUCGGAUUAAAAGUCAAAAU